CAAUCAUUCAAACUGCCCUCUCCAUAAACAAGUGGAUCUACCAUACUAUAUAUGUCAGUCAUAAUGUUAUGGAAUAUCACACUUCAAUCAUUCAUUCAAUUCCUUAAUAGUCCUCGCCACUAGUAAAUCUAGCGUCAAGCAAAUAUGAAAGGAGGUGUCGAGCUGGUUUUCAUUCCGGGCCCUGCAGUUGGCCACCUUAUCGCCACCGUAGAAUUGGCAAAGCUCCUCCUCCAGAAAUGCCCCCGUCACGAUCUCUCCAUCUCCGUCUUGAUCAUGAAAGUUCCCUUCGAUUCCAAGCUUACCCUCUACAUCGAUUCUCUUGUUGCAGAGAAUGAGGGAUCCUCUUCCAGGCUGAAGCCUGUUCUUCUCUCUGCUUCGACCACGGCGGAUAACACCAAAUCGGUCACCUUUUUCCGUACCUUCGUCGAAUCUCACAAACAGAGCGCCAGAGAAGUCGUUAAAGAAAUCCAAACCAAGGCGAGUUUGGGUUCCGGCAGGCUCGCCGGCAUCGUUUUGGACAUGUUCUGUGUUGACUUGAUGGACUUGGCCGACGAGUUCGGAAUUCCGGCGUACGUCUUCUUCACCUCCGGCGCCGGCACGCUCGGGAUGCUCCUCUAUUUACAGAGUCUCAGAGACGAAGACGGAAAGGACGUCACCGAAUUCAAGGGUUCCGACCCAGACCUGGAAAUCCCGGUGUAUUCUAAACCUUAUCCGGCAAAGCUUAUUCCCGGAGUUGUGCUGGACAAGACCGGCGGCGGGGCGGAUAUGUUCCUUGAUUUUGGCAGGAAAAUCCGAGAGGCGAAGGGCAUAAUGGUCAACACGUUCUCCGAGCUUGAGGGGCACGCGAUGGAAUCUCUGUCCAAAUACAAGGGGAUAAAGAUUCCACCUGUUUACCCAGUGGGACCCAUACUGAACCUGCAAAGCGAUAAGAUCGGAGAAUCCGGCGAAGAGAUAUUGGAAUGGCUUAGCAGCCAACCGGAUUCCUCCGUCGUCUUCCUCUGCUUCGGAAGCGGCGGCAGUUUCCCGGAGCCUCAGGUGAAGGAGAUCGCGUCCGCACUAGAGCGGAGCGGCCACAGGUUCCUGUGGGCCCUGAGGAAGCCGCCGGCAAAAGGCGCGGUCUACCCCACCGACUUCAACCGCCCCGAGGAAGCCCUGCCGGAAGGUUUCUUGGAGAGGACGAAAGACAUCGGAAAAGUGAUUGGAUGGGCGCCGCAGGCCGCCGUGCUAGCUCACCCCGCCGUGGGGGGCUUCGUGUCGCAUUGCGGGUGGAAUUCGACUCUCGAGAGCGUGUGGUUCGGGGUUCCGAUGGCGACUUGGCCGAUUUACGCAGAGCAGCAGGCGAAUGCGUUCCAAUUGGUGACAGAUAUUGGAAUGGCUGUGGAUCUUAAGAUGGAUUACAUAAAAGAUUUUGAUUCUGAAGAGUUUCCUGAAGCUGUGAAAGCAGAGGUGAUAGAGGCAGGAAUCAGAAAGCUUAUGGACAACCCUUCUGCUUCUCCUACCAGAAUAAAGGCUCAAGAACUUAAACAGAACAGCAGAGAGGCUAUGGAGGAAGGUGGCUCGUCUUUUAAUUUUCUUCAGUCGUUUUUCGAUCAAGUCUUCAACAACCUCAAGUAGUAGUAUCUAGUGAGCUCUAUGAAUGUGUUAGAUUUUGUGUAUUUUUAUUUAUUUCCCAGUUUCCAAUACCAACGUUUAAUUCGCACAGUUGCAUUUAUUAACGCAAAGGUUUGAAAUUUGUGAGAUUCUAGCAAAUCUUAACAUUCAAAUUGGUGGGCGAUCUUGUUUUAAAUUCUCAAUAGAGCUAAUGAAUUGAUGUGUUAAAUUACAGAAAAAAAAAG